AUGAAUUUCUCUUCUUCUGUGGUUCUUUGGAUAGUUCAUUAUACCCCAAGAACAAGAAAGCUAACUCCUGACAUGAUGUUGUUGCGCCGUUUCUUUUAUCUUCUGGCUUUGCUUCUAAGUGUGGCAAUUGUCUGUGUGGCGGCUGGCGCCACUAAUGAUCUUGAGAGAAUGGCUGCUGAGCAUCAGAAACAUGUGGAUGAGAUUAAGAAAAAGACUGCUGACGUGGAAGCCAAGUUUAAUGCUCAGCUUGGUAGUAUUCGUACUCCACCUGAAGCGACUCGUAUUGCUGCUGAUAAUGAGAAGGCGCUUCGUGAAGCUGGCAUUACGAUUUCUGGUGAAAAUGGUGGAGCUGCAGGAGCGAAGAGUGAAGGGAAGAAUGCAGCCAGCGUCAGUUCUGUGUGGAUGAGUGCGUCUCUACUGAUUGUGGUUACACUGGCCUUUAUUCUUGUGUGCUGA